UGUCUCCUCCUCCCACUCUCCUUUCUCUUUCGCUCUCUCCUCCUUUCCACCCCCACCCCGCUCGGCCCCUCCGAGCCCUCCAGUUCAGCUUCUCCCCUCCGCCGGAACUCCCCGCAUUUCACGGACCCCGUACCUACUCCGUGGAGAUGCCCGGCUUCCGAACCGAGCCAGGUCAGCUAAGGAAGCCAUGAGGGACACCGAUUCCAAAUAAAGAGACAUUUCCAGAGAGAAGCAGCCGGGCAGGCUUGGAAGCGGGGGACAGAAGGACGCAGGCACGUGAAAGAGACCCAGAGUUUACAGACAGCAGGCCUCUCCUGACCCACCCCAGGGAUGGACCAGUAUAGCAUCCUCGGCCGGAUUGGGGAGGGGGCCCAUGGUAUCGUCUUCAAAGCCAAACACGUGGAGACCGGCGAGACGGUGGCUCUUAAGAAAGUGGCCCUGCGGAAACUGGAGGAUGGAAUCCCCAACCAGGCGCUGCGGGAGAUCAAGGCUCUGCAGGAGAUUGAGGAUAAUCAGUAUGUGGUGAAGCUGAAGGCCGUGUUCCCUCAUGGCGCGGGCUUCGUCCUGGCCUUCGAGUUCAUGCUGUCCGACCUGUCUGAGGUGAUCCGCCACGCCCAUCGGCCUCUGGGCCAGGCCCAGGUCAAGGGCUACAUGCAGAUGCUGCUCAAGGGGGUCGCCUUCUGCCACGCUAACAACAUCAUGCACCGGGACCUGAAGCCAGCCAACCUGCUCAUCAGCUCCUCCGGCCAGCUCAAGAUCGCGGACUUUGGCCUGGCUCGGGUCUUCUCCCGCAGCGGGGACCGGCUCUACAGCCACCAAGUAGCCACCAGAUGGUACCGGGCCCCAGAACUCCUGUACGGUGCCCGGCAGUACGAUGAGGGAGUCGACCUGUGGGCGGUGGGUUGCAUCCUGGGCGAACUGCUCAACGGCUCACCCCUGUUCCCUGGAGAAAACGACAUCGAGCAGCUGUGCUGUGUGCUGCGCGUCCUGGGCACCCCCAGCCCCAGGGUCUGGCCGGAGAUCACAGAGCUGCCCGACUACAACAAGAUCUCCUUCAAGGAGCAGGCCCCAUUGCCCCUGGAGGAAGUGCUGCCCGACGCCGCUCCCCAAGCUCUGCAGCUGCUCAGCCGCUUCUUAAUCUAUCCCCCGCGCCAGCGCAUCCAGGCUGCCCAGGCCCUGCUGCACCAUUACUUCUUCACGGCCCCGCUGCCGGCCCACCCUUCGGAGCUGCCGAUUCCCCAGCGAGGGGGGCCGGGUCCCAAGGCCCGCAAGGGCCCCCCCCACACGCGCGACUUCCACGUGGAGCAGCCGUUGGAGGAAUCGCUCCUGGACCCUAAGCUGAUCCGGCCGUAUCUCCCUGAAGGCUGAGUAGAGGGGAGGAGGAGUGGGGCGCUCAGGACACCGCGGUCCCUCGGAACUGCGACCUGAGGCUCCGUUGUCGUCGGUUGGCCGCUCUUAGUUCAGGCCCCGGGCCUGGCUCCAUUUGGCUCCCCCGGGACCCGUCGGCUCCUUCCCACCUCUCCCCACCCCAGUUUGACUACUCAUCGGCCCCCCCUCACCCCAUCCCCUCCCCCGGCCCCGCCUGAGCCCCAGUGAUACCAUUAUCUCGGGCUCCGCAGCCGUCUCCCGGCCUUCCCGCCCGGGCUGCUGAGGAGGAGGAGGAGGAAGAGGAGAUGGCCACUCCCUUAGGCGCCACUUUGGUCUGCCCGUCCCCUUCUCUCCUUCCCCACCCACUCACACCUCCAAGUCUCCAAUCCCUCGUAGGGGAGGUCCAGAGUUUGACCUCGAACCUCGCUUUGGGUUGCAGUACAGACCCUUCCUUAGGACCAGCUUCUCUCAGGUCAGCCUCAGUGGGCUGUGAGAGACGGUAGAGAUUUUCUCCCUCUCUCUUUCACACACACACCCCACACCCCACACUCUCCCUCGGUGGGGCCUAGGUUCCCUGGGACAUCUCUCUCCCUCCGGAAAGCCCUCAGAGGGACCUGUUCUCUCUAAGGAAAACCAGGGCCCUUGGUUUGUGUGAGACCCAGAAUAAAAUGGUGCUCUGGGCCCCGGAGCCUAUGACCAUUUUCAUCAGCCUGCCUUCUCUUCCUUCCUCCUUUCUGACCGUGAUCUCUUCUAGCACCUCCCCAGAGCCGUAAGCAGAACCCAGCAAGAGUGGCCCCAAGAGAGAAAGGGCGCAGCCAAGGAGUGAAGACCCCCGGGGUCCCUCACCCCAGCCUGCUGCUGCCCCGUCACCAGCAUGAUAGAUGGUGGGGAGGGGCGGCCGGGAGCCACCAGGCCUGAGCCUGAACUUGGGCCCGACGAGGGGAGGUGAUGCCGUGGCAUCCCGGCUGCCCGCUGAGGGAACCAACCAGGAACUGGGUGUGUUGAGAUGCCUGGUCCUCACCCACGCUCCCUACGGGCCCUUCUCCUCAUUUUGCCCUGGGGAGCUGGGAUGGGGCCCGAAAUGGCCCCUCUUCCUCAUAGCCCAAGCACGCACAGCCCCUGUUGUUUUCCCAGUCCUUGGGCGGGAGGGACAAGGGAGAUAGACUGGACCAAUUAAGCGGGGACGGGGUGGCCUGGAAGGAAGGCCGAAUGGGCUCAAGUCCCACCUGUAAGCCGGGGCCCUUUUGGUAAGAGAGGGAUGGGUGAAACUCUGGGCCCCCUCACCCUAAAGCAGGGAGAAAAGAGCAGCAUCCACGAUUGCGGGUGGGCGAGGAGAGGGCAAGAGGAUGCUCGGGUUCUGCGCCUGGUUUGGAUUUAGGGGCAAAAGACUAGGAAGCUAGACUUGAGUCCCUUACUUCCUUUGGGCAAGCUGAAGACCAGCCGAAGUGUGGAAGGUGGCCCCUCUCCCGUGCCUCAGUUUCCCCCCCGGACUGGGCGGGGGGAUGGGGCACCGUGCUUCUGGGAGCCGCCAGUUUGCCGCCGCGACCAAGUCCUCCCCAGGAACCAACAGCCACCCGCGUUUCAUCUGAUAAGGCUUAUCAGGGCUGCCCAGCCCGCGGCCCGGGUAGCUGGCGUAAGUUUUGCUGGGGGAGGGGAGGGUGC